AUGGUGAAAUACCGUUCGACAUCCGCUGUCGCGUAUGCUGGGCCUCUCCUCACCCCAGCCGCGUCUCUCUGUAUACCAUCGCCUCCUCCUGCCAAGCGAAUGCGAAUGAAGGAGGGCUCUUCCGAAAACAAUGGGCCACCAAUAAUCGGGGAUGAAGACAUUCAUAAUGAGGACUACCGGUGUGGUGGCCCGGACCUUGUCAAACUACCUGCUUUGAGCCGGUAUAUUCCUGAUAAUGGUGAAUGCCAGCUCAUGUAUGAUCAGUUAAUGGAUGAAGUCUUGCUUGUGCUCGAAAGGUGGCACGUUGAUCUGAAGGGAAGAACCCUACUCCAGCGUGCACAUCAUGAGGCCAGUGGCACAGAGACUUGGACCAAUACACUUCUGAUCCCUGCACGCAAACACGAGCUUGAUGAUACCUGGCUUGAAGCCUGCAAGGAGAUCAGAGAGAUCCUUGUCAAUAAUAACCUGGGAGAUACCACUGUUGAAAUGAUUGAUGAGAGGGCUUCCCAACGCGUUUUAUCAGCUCCAAUACCGCGUACUAACCCGUUCUAUUCCACCUGGCCGGACCUCCGCUUAACAAUCUUGAACAUUCUGGGCGAUAGUGAAUGGACUAUGCUCUCUCCUCAACUCCGUGGAGUGUCUAUGGAACCUAAAACCAUCACAAUUGUGAUCCUUGUGAAAGAAGACUCUACUUUUGAUUGGAUUGCUACAAGAGAAGCAGUUGUUGAUACCCUAGACAGCCAAGGGCUACACCAUAUAGCUGUGGAAAUACGCCAGGGCUUCCUCGCUAAGGAUGAUUGGAGCUCCAAGCCAUGUAUGGGCGGAAGUAUUGGUGCUCACUCCUCAGCUUUAUCUUCGUCUACAUUCGGUGGAUUCUUAGAAAUACAACACCCUUCGGGCGAAUGGAAGCAAUACGGACUAACAACCCAUCAUUGCGUGACUGCCAUCAAGUCUACAGCUGAUUGGGAUAGGCAUGGCAUCAAACCUGGUGACCCGGAAAAUGAGCUUACCCUUGAUUACCCCAGCCUUAGAGACCACAACCUCGCCAUUGAUCACUACAGGGAAGAAAUAGAACUUUUCAGCAAAUUAGAGACCUAUACUUCGGCAAAACAGCGCCUUGAAGAAGAAGACCCUUCUGUUUCACGAAAUGAAAGGCAGGCCUAUGAAUAUGUGAAGGGUCAGAUUGAAGUCUUGGAGGAAACCCUGGUGCAUGCCCACAACUUUUACCAGCAUGGUCAGCUUCUCCUUGGGAAAGUAUAUGCGUCGUCCGGCUAUCGAAUGAACCCAAACAAGAGAAUUCUAGACUGGGCUUUGAUAGAGGUUCCAAGCGAUCGCACCACCCAAAAUAAGCUGCCUACGAUCGACGAUGUCCCUAAAUCCUGCCGCGCCGCGUACCUACCAACAUCCAAAGUUCUACAGGACGCAAUACCCUUGAAAGCUGGUGAGAUGGGUGUCUGUAAGAUUGGCCGAACCACUGGCUUUUCAGAAGGAAGACUUGGAGAAAUUAGAGAGACUGACAUCCAGUGCUGGGUCAAAGAUGAGGACGGCCACUGGGAUAAGACGCGGGGCAUGGCUUAUCUCAUCCACCGUCGUGCGCCUUCGGUCACAUUUGGGGAACCAGGAGAUUCCGGGUCGUUUGUCUUUAGCCUCGAUGGUUCGUUCGUUGGGCUGUACCUGGGUGGCGAUCGAGACGCAGGCACUGGGCUUUUUAUGGAAGCCAGUGACCUGUUUGAAGAUAUCAAGCUGAUCACUGGUGCCCGGGAUGUUCGAAUUCCUCAAUGA